CGUCGAAAUUGGAAGUGGGAGUUUUUUUUUAAUCUUCUUUUUGUAAUAAUCGCUCAGUGGCACGGACAGGUAUUGCGGAGCUCAUGUUUCAUUACUGUCUUUAAAAAAAAAAGAAAAGAAAAAAAAGGUUUCUUGCAUGUUAUACAGUCGUGUUACGUUCCACCAGCUUUAUCUCGGUUGACGAACGUCAAGUUGGAUUCAAUGCGGCGCUGCCUACGCAUUAAAUGCGUUUGCGCUUGUGAAUAUUUUAAUUAACAGUUUUUCUUAACUCAACAAUUUGUGCUCCGUAUAAACUGUAAAAUGUUUAUUUUCCAGUGCAUUGAGGAAAAUUGAGUUUAUUUAUGCGGGACACAAGUUAAGGUAGCACACAAAUGCACGUUUUUGUUAUCGUUAAUCGCAGUUGACUUCAGUAAUGCUUCCGUGCAGCAGCGUUUCGAGGAUCAAAUUGAAGCGGGAUUCGUUUAAGCUCGGUAACAAAUUAGAGCCGACCAAACGCAGAUGGACUGGAACUAAAACUGUGUCUGGUUUAAAUCCACUUGCCGAUCGUGGCAUACAGGUACAAGACCAAGCCAGUUCUCCAGCUCCGGAGGCAGCAGACGUCGUUUCCCCAGAACGACACGCCAACGAAAUCUGCGCCACAGCCGACCGCGAACCACCGUCCCAAUUUGACGGGCAAGCGAGCUCCAAACAAGACGCUCAUGCGGAACAUGACGGCUGCGGAGGGGGUUAUAAUCAAGGUACUUUCCCAUCCACAGUCAGUGGCUUUAGUAACUGUCAAGGGGGAGGAACUAAAGCUCAGAGUACUUGUACAAGGACUCAGCCACCGUCCAAAAAGACGCCGAAACGGUUGUCCGAACAUAGAAAAGAGUUUUUCUACCGUUUGCGUUUAGCUUUGUGCUUAAAACGUCGAAAUGGCGGGAAGCGUGUGAUACACGGGCCUACAGAAGUGCAGUGCCACGCUCUGUCGUUUAUAAACAGUAACGUGUCGGUUGAGUCCGAUAAUAUUUCUAUUAAAUCCACGGUCUAUGGAGAACCAGUGGAACAAACUCCACCUGCCCAACUAGAUCCAAAGUACGCUCAAAACACUGGCUGCCCAGAUCAUUUGGGGCAAGAAAAGCCUCGUGCUGGAAGGGGAAGACCGAUGAAACUGUUUAUUGAUCAUUUUGGUGGCCCUGAUGGACGGGUGAAAACUACCAUCAAGACGGAUGCUCGGCGAGCCCGUGCAAGGAAAGCCAGGCACGCCAUUUCUGGACAAACACCAAAUAUCAGUUCAAAACUUGAGCUGAGACGACAGCUUAGGUCAGACACAAGGAAAAACCGCAAGCGCUUGGUGAAAAAUUCAUGCUGUGCUUUGUGUGGUGACGUAAAAUACACUCCUCCCCCUAGUAAGAAUCUGGCCCCUUUACUCAGUCACAGAUCUAGAGCUGACCGCCCCAGCCAGACUGUGUGCCAGAAAGAUGAUGGUCAUAUCUCAGAGUCCCCGACCGCAAUGAAUUUCCGCUUCGAGAAAUACCCCAUGGUGAAUCUGUGCGAUGUAGCCAGAGUGUUUGACAUAGCCUCUCGUGAUUUCUCAUGUGUCUUACCAGCCGUACUAAGACAAAAGAGGAAGUGCAAAAGAGUGCAGUGCUUAAGGAAAAAAUGUGAUUUUCUUGUGCAUCCUCAUCUCCACGGCAUCAAGGAGUGUAGACGUAAGAUUGCCAACCAGUCCUGGGACGUUUCCACACCAACCCAUAGCUGUGCUUCUUUUUCAUCAGGUGAUCCACCAUCUGGAGCUACGGGCAGCACGCAUGUUUCAGACACAGCUGAGACUCCUGAUGGAUCUGCCAAGGAAUGGGAUGCUUGUCUUGCAAGGAAUCUAGACUUCGAGAGUAUGAGACAGACCGACGUUGAAGGAACAGAAUUGGUACUCCCAGGGUGUGAUGACAAUGGUCCUGUUUUGCAUUUCUGUGAGAAAGACAAGGCCUGUCCAAUGAAAAACAUCUCUGAAAGUCCUACCAGCCAGGCGCGUCGUGUACCACCUCUAAUACUCCGACGGGUUGCUGUCAAUGGUUGCAAGAUUGUCUGGGACCUAAAUGCAGAUGGCUCCAGUGAAUCUUGCCCAACUGCUGAAGACGUCAAGACUGAUAGUGUGAAAGAUGGUGGUACUCUGACAGUUAAGGAGACAGACAAUUGCGGAGUUCAGCCUGUCCAGGGAAUGAGUAUUUCAAAUUCAGAGAAUGCCACAGACUGCAAUAACAACCAAGAGAUGAGGCAAACAAAUGGUAUUACAGUAACAAACACAAGAGAAUCAAGACUUGUGAUGGACACAUGCAGCAACGGGUAUGAAGUGACUCCAAAAGAGACUUCCACUUUGAGAACUUUAAACAGUAAUUAUUGUUGGUUCUACUUUAGUGAAUAUAACUCCUGCAUGCGAAGUGUCUGUUGGUUCCCACACGUACCAAGAGAUGGAGAUGAAAAGUUCUGCAUUGAUACAGUGAAGAAGUUCUGUCAUACUGGGAAACAUGCUCUUAUUCUACGAGCAGUGGAGGUGUUUAUGGGAUAUUACAGCAGUUGUUCUCCCAGCGUGAGUUUCAGCGAGGAGAUUGUCAAUUCUCUGCUGUCGUCUCUCCUUAAUUUUUGUUUGCUGAGAGAAUUUGAGGCAGUCAUUAACUUGCUUCUCAAACACAAGAGGCUGCCUCCACCUGAGAUUAUGUUAGCCGUUUUUAAACUUGUGAUGGAAAGAGGGCUGAUUAACUCCGUACCUGAGCUCAUUCACCUCACUUCAAAGGUUGUCGAAGCAGGAUGUGUAUUCAGUGUGGAUCAGUGUGAGGUCAUGCAGAAUCAUCUCCAAAUGAUGCAGGUUCCUAGACAGCAGAUGGACAUUUUCCUUGCUGUUAAAUGCAGAGCUCUGGUAACUAAUCCCCAUACCUCCGAGCUGUCAGAUCUGGCCCAGGCUGUUGUUAGAGUUGAGAUGCUGAAGCAUCAGGAGGACUGGGCUGGACUGGCUCUAGUAUUUUGCAAUGUUUGUGUUGGGUCACACAGUCAAAUGGAACUUCUUAGGUUUUGCUGCUGUGUUACCAUGGCACUGCUGAAGGAGCCCAAAGGCAAACUCACCCUACCGUAUGAGCUGUUUGCUGAAUCAGUAUGUCAGCAAGUCUUGUCCAAUGACAUGAUAAAAACCAUCCUGGGGAGAAUUGGAGUCUCUCUGAUCUUCAGGUACCACAGGACACGAGAUUGGAAUAAGGGAGUGAAGCUGGUCAGUGUGAUGUUCAGACUACACAUUGAGUUCAUCACUCUGAAAGGGCUUAUGGGGAAUGAGAACAGGGUUUCUCGCUGUCAGCUGGUCACUAUGGCAACGGAGUUCUUCCUCCAUAGCGGGAGCUUUGAGGGAGCUUUGAAAAUGCUGAGAGCUGAUGGCUGGUUUGUGAGCUCCAGCAUGUGGCUUUGUGAGCAGGCUGACAUCGAAAAUCGAAAACAUGUCCUGACGCUCUUAGCUGAGAAGACGUCACACAGAGACGCCUUUGAGAUUAUUACCAACUUACCUGGAAUCAGACAACCGAUAAAUGGUGUGCAGAUAAACGACUAUGCUGAAACAUUCAAUGCUCAUCUGCGUCUGUGCUUGGUAAAGCAGACAUUACCAGUCGCUGCAGAUAUCCUUGAGUUCAUGCUAAUACAUGGUAUGGUGCCUGAAACCCUCCAGCUACAGAACCUCAUCCAUAAACUGGGCAAACAGAACAACUGGAGCCGUGCCAGGGCCCUUUUUAAACGUGCUCAGUCAGCAGGGUUUUACGCUGCAGUGGUGUGUGAAAGAGACUCUCUGUUUCUGCCGUGUAAUCUCACUGAAAUUGAGAUGACGAUGGCCUUCGAGAUGUUCAUCACCUUUAUUAAUACUAAACUACUGGCCCCUUCUGGAGCCUCCCAACCACUUCUCAUUACACUCAGACGGCAUGCCGAUAUUGAGGAUGUAACGGAGAGUGUGUACUUGGCGGCUGGUUGUCGGCUUCUCUCUGCGGCUCUCAUACCAAACCCCAAAUUGAGCAUCCGCUAUACAGCUGUCAAUAAAAGCCAAGAACAAUUCUUUCACCUGGACCGUGCAUCUGCCCACAAAUGGUUUUUGCAGAACGAGCGGUGGGCACGAGAGAUUUGGGCAAGCUAGCAUACACACACACACACACACACACACACACGCUUGUGAACAGUCCCAAAAGUAACAAAUGUCUCGGUCUAAUCAAAGGUUAAUUUAUAUGUUACAGACUGUUGAAACUGGGACUUCUCGAAACUGUUUGCACACUUUUUUGUGGUGUUUGUUUUAUAUAUUUCUUUGUUAAAACAUUAUUGAAGGACAAGACUGCUUAGUUUUGAGUUGUAAAAAGAAAGGUUUUGUAAUAUUUA